UCGCCUCUUACUUUGAAGGCGGCCGCCUGACUCAUUUCCGGUAUCUCCCCGUGUCCCUCGCGCCGCCUUCGUGCAGCUGUUGCACUGACAGCGGAGCAGAAGACCUGAACGGGGCAAACAGCACAAGUAUGCCCACGCGAAAAAAGCCUGACGUCAAACUACCGGCACACCGACUCCACGGCGGGACCAAACCUCUGCGUUUCACCAUCAUUUCAACACGUUUUUCUGUCACUCCGGAGUCCGACGUCGCAGCGGCAGCAGCGCGGAUAUCGCUGGCAGAAGGCGGGGUGCUUUUUUUUCCCGAGGAGUUCAACCGGGCGGUAACGCCACGUAACGUUGAGUGAACCCCCUCCGCCCCCCACCCCCCAAAAACAAGGUCUGUUUGUUAAAGGCGAUGUGAUAACAGCUAUGAUCGACUCCGUGGGAAGUUGGGAGAGACGGCGCCGCACGCGACGUAUUUACAACAAAACCAAAAAAAAGUGGUUUAUUUUGUUUGUUUGUUUUCCAAGUUCAGCACGAGCUCCUCCAGCGACGUCCCGAUAGUUUCUUGCGUGUCAAUCAAAAAACAAAAAAAACACUAUGCAGGGGGUGACCGUGGAGGAGCCGGAGGGAGAGAUCUCCGAUCUGGACCCGCCGGGGUGCUCCACGCAGGCGCGCGGCUCGGUCACGCUGGCGGUCAAUCGCAGCCGCAUCCGCCCCCCCCUCAGCGUGCUGCUGGCCACCGGGCUCUACUGCGCGGAGUUCAUCGCCGCCGCGGUGCUGUGCAGCUUGUACCGCAAGACCGAUGACGUCAUCUGGCUGGGAUUCACCCUCGCCUUCAUGCUGCUGCCGGCGCUGCUCAUCCAGCUGGCGCUGACGUUCAUCCACAGGGACCUGGGUCGGGACCGGCCCCUGGUCCUCUUCCUGCACCUGCUGCUGCUCGGGCCUGUCAUCAGGUGUUUCGAGGCUCUCGUGAUUUUCAUCAAGGCGGGUAAAAUCGAGGACGAGCCUUACGUCACCAUCUCCAGGAAGAACAGCCUGAAGAAGGGCCAGGCGGGGCUGAUGGAGUGGGAAAUCGGCCGAUCGGAGCGCAACCUGGCCACGCACCGAGACGCCUUCAAGCGCACCGCCGUCAUCCAGGCCUUCCUGGGCUCCGCGCCGCAACUCACGCUGCAGCUGUACGCCAGCAUCCAGGAGAAAUACUUACUCCCUGCCAGAUUGGCUGUGAUGAUCAUCACCCUGAUCUCCAUCACAUACGGGGCCCUCGUGUGCAGCACGCUGGCCAUCCAGAUCCGAUACGACAACUACAAAGUGCACAUGCGCCCCGUGGCCUACCUGUGCAUGAUCGUGUGGCGGGGCUUGGAGAUCGCCACCCGGAUCACGGCCCUGGUCCUCUUCAGCACGGCGCUCACGCACUGGGUGAUCCUGGUCGGCAUGGUCAACCUGCUCUUCUUCUUCUUCCUCCCGUGGGUCGAGUUCUGGGCCAGGAAGGGCUCGCUGACGCAGGACGUGGAGAAGAACUUCUCCAAGCUGGGCACCACGGUGGUGCUGUCCAUGUUCACGCUGCUCUACGCCUGCAUCAACGUGUUCUGCUGGUCGGCUGUGCAGUUGGACUUCUCCCACGGGGAGCUCAUCGAGAGGAAGCAGCGGUGGGGCCGCCUGGCCGCGUACUACGCGGUGCGCUUCGUGGAGAACUUCCUCCUCAUCGCGCUCUGGUACCUCUUCAAGUCGGACUUCUACGAGUACGUGUGCGCGCCGCUGCUGGCCGUCCAGCUGCUGAUCCUCUACGGCCUGGCGUUGCUCUUCAUGCUGCUCUUCUACCAGUUCUGCCACCCCUGCAGGCGCCUCUUCAAGUACAACGUGCACGACUGCCUGCACUGCGUCUGCUGCCGCGCCGGCUGGAGGGGAGCGAGCCGCAGCCGGGGCACGCUGCCGCACUCCUACUCCACCGCCGCCACCAUGGUGCUGAUGCCGGAGGAGCCGCUGGAGCUGCUGGGGCCCCGGGACCCCGCCAGGCGGCCGGAGGAGAGGGAGACGGACAUUGUUGAGGACACGACGGAAGCGGCUUGAGGAGGGCCCCCGAUUCUCCUGAAGAAAAGGCCCCGCACCAACGGGGUGCGAUACUCCGAGUGCUUUCAACACACGAGCGAUUGUCGUUUUAUCCCCAGACGAGGGGCGCAGCGGAGCCCCCCCCCGGCACAUCAAAGAAUGCAACGCGUCGAGAUGCGCAGCGAUGCACAAAGGCCGCCUUGAGAGAGCAGCAGCGGGUCGUGCACAGGACUGAGCCAGGUGUGCGGGAAACGUGCCAGGAGCCACCGUGUUGCUGCGCGCCCCCCCCCCCCUCACCCACCGGUUCACUUCCUCUCGGGGGAACUCGCGCCGUGACCGCCGCUUUAGCACACGUUGGCAUGUGCACUGAACAGCAGGAGGAGAAAGUUAGAAGAAUGUAUGUUGCUCAUACCCACCUAAGCAAACCUGCAGAGAUAAAUGUCACCGCUGUCUAGUGGCCUUCAUGCAUGGAGAAAGAAGAAAAAAAACAGGUUUUUAGGUUUUCCUUGAUAUAUUGUGAAAAGACUUGUGACUUGAGACUAUGUGAAAUAUCCAUUGUGUUGUUAACCUCCCAGUUGAUGAGACUUUUGCUUCUAGUUUGACUGCUUUCAUUUUUUUUAAUGCCUCUUUAAGUGCCUUGACUACUAUUGUUUUACCUGAAACCUAAAUAAAACUAAUCUGAUUGUUGAG